AACAUUUGGUGAAUGGAGGAGUUUUGGAGAAAGUUGAAAACGUUGACAGUAGUUUCCUUGCACCGUUAUUAUGGCCAUAUCUGUAUUCACUUGAUUCAGAAAAUAUCGAAAAUAACACGCAAAAAAUCAUUGAUUUUUAUUUCAAUUCCUCAGAUGCCAGAUCAAACAAUCUGUUGAAGUUGGUCAAUAUUUUUACAGAUAUUGAAUUCUUUUAUCCUCUUGUUAAGACCGUUCAAUCGAAAACUGAUAGACAAUACGUGUAUUAUUAUGACCACCGAGGUUCAUUUUCAUGGCAAGAUCAUGCCAAGUUGAAUAUUGAUCUUGGUGUUGGACAUGCCGAUGAGCUCCCUCUAUUAUUCCGAAGCAAAAAUUUAGAAACCAAAUGGACCCCUCAAGAUAAACUGGUGUCUGACAACUUGAUAAAAUUUUGGACUGAAUUUGCCAUUACUGGCGACCCUAACGGUGAAUCUGAAGAAAAACCAUGGAAGCCCACAAGUCCCAAAGGUAAAAUCGAGUAUUUGCAUAUUAGCAGCAAUGGUACAACGAUGAAGAAAAAUCUGCUAAAGGAAAGAUACGAAUUUUGGAAAUCGUUACUCAAUACUACAUAGAUACCGGAAAUGAACGUGUGAGCGUAGGUGGAAGUGAUGUCGCUCGGAUAAUAUUUUUUUAAUUAACACAAUGUUUUUCCAUAAAUGACGAUUUAAGUAUAUCUCGCGUCAGCUUCAUUUUUCAUUAUUAAUAAUAAUAACAAACGUGUCGAAUUUAAUUUGCGUUUACAUAAUAAUUACUUCGGUUGGUAUUUUUGAAGGAUUUUUCUAGCUAUUAAACAAACAAAAUGCUACUGCGAGCGUUUUGUCAAUUACGAUGCGAUGUUGGUUGAUAGAUACGAGUAUGCUAGGUGUUGUAGUUCAUAAUUUGGCGAUCUAAUCGCGAAAUUAAUUUCUUUUUAAAUUACCUAUUAAUCGGAUGAAUAAAUCAUUUGUUCUAUCCAGUGAGUGAAAUGUUUUAUUUUAGUAAGGCUCAGAGGUAGCAAAAUGCUCAUUUUAUUAAAUUUAUUGUUACUCGUGGUUAUCAGAAUGGUAAAUAGUGAAGUACUGAAAUUGAAAAGUGGAACUAUUAACGGAACUGUAGAAAAAUCAAGAAAUGGAAGACCUUAUCAGCGAUUUUAUGGCAUUCCUUAUGCUGAACCUCCGACAGGAGAGUUGAGAUUUCAGGUAAAAUUUUCCAGAAGUGUUCGAGGAUCCAACGUUUAUAAAGACCCUAUACCAGUAAAACCUUGGUCAGAUAUCAAAAAUGCAUCAAUACCUGGCCCAAUAUGCACUCAGUUUAAAUUAAUUUCAUUGAAUAGUGAAAUUGCCGGACAAGAAGAUUGCCUUUACUUGAAUGUGUUCACACCAAUGGACUUGUCCAAAGAAUCUGCGAAAGCUCCAGUGAUGGUGAAUAUUCAUGGAGGUGGAUUUCAAUAUGGUUCGGGGGAUCAUUACGAUCCUCAUUAUUUUAUGGAUUUCGAUGUUGUUUUUGUGACCUUGAAUUAUCGUUUGGGGGUCUUCGGAUUUUUUGGUAUGAAUGACGACGUAAUCAGCGGUAAUUUUGGACUGAAAGACCAAUCCUUAGCAUUGCAAUGGAUUAAAGAAAACAUCUCUCUUUUCGGAGGUGACCCAAAUAAUGUCACUUUGAUGGGAGAAAGUGCUGGAGCAGCUUCUGUACAUGCACAUUUGUUUUCUCCCUUGAGUAAAGGAUUAUUCCAUAAAGUCAUCAUGCAAAGCGGUAGCAUACAUCUUCCUGGUGCUUUGAAUGAUGAUGUGUAUAAUGAUAACAUUUGCAUCGCUUUUACUGUCCUCACCGGAUGUUCUCUUCAUCGUGAAAAUGCCACUCGAGUCUUGGAAUGUUUACAGCAAAUACCUCAUCGAGAUUUAUUUAAAAUGGCUACUAGAUUAUACGUGUACGAUAUCGAACCUUUACCCCUUUUCAGACCUUUUAUCGAAUCGAAAGUAAAUAAUAAACCUUUUAUGCCAGUGAAACCCUACAAAGAUGCGUAUGUUUCCCAUGUACCGUGGAUCACUGGUAUGAAUUCUGGCGAAGGAGCAUUACUAGUCAUGAUUUAUUUACUGAACGAUGGCCAAUUACUAAAACUCAUCGACAGUGACAGAGAACAUUAUUUACCUAUAGUGAAUGGAUAUGCGUUGACCCAGGAACCGGAGAUUGUGGGCGUUAUCACACAGAAAAUCAUUGACUUUUAUUUCGAUCGCGAUGAUGCUGAAGAUGAUGAACAACAAACCGACGAAGCUUUGAUAUAUGUACAAAUGUUCACAGAUAACUUCUUCAGGUACCCUUUGAUAAAAAUGCUGGAGUCGAGUGAUGAUCCUCGAUAUGUUUAUUACUAUGAUCACAGAGGAUCAAAUUCGUUACAAGACAGCUUCAAUUUGACCAAAGAUUUAGGCGUUUGUCAUGCCGAUGAACUUUUUUUAUUAUUUCGUUUCGAGGAUUUGGAAAACAGAUGGACACCUGAAGAUAAACUCGUGUCUGAGUUAUUGCAGAAGUUUUGGGUGAACUUCGCUAUUUAUUCCGAUCCCAAUGGGAACUCCGAGGAUAAGGUAUGGAAACCUGUGGAAACACAAGAUAUCGAUUAUUUGCAUAUUAAAGCAGAUUCACCGAAGAUGGAGACAAAAUUCAUCAACGAUAGCUUCGAUCUUUGGGAUUCUUUCCCAGUAGGACGAAAAUUCACUUGAAGUGCUCAUAUUGGAGAUUGGAAGAGUUUUGUACUUUUGUAAAGAUGCAUUGUUUUCCGAUAUUUGUAAACAAAUUUACGUAUUAGAUAUUUCCUCAAU